UUGCAGUGCGACGACUUCCAACCUUCCAACCUUCUUUUAACUGCCAGAACCUGCGCAUUACUGGUGUUGUCGAUUGGGAGUUCACUUACGUGGGACCAACUGAGGCUGCCUGCACUGCGCCAUGGUAGCUUUUGCACCAAAGGCCGGAGCAUUGGGAGUCUGACCUUCACGAGUUCGUGGUGCGCUUUAUGCCACGGCUUCGUCGCUUCUAGACGCUCGUCGCGAAUAUGAGGAUGAGAGAGCGAAGGAAGGAAGGGGAUUGCACAUCGGCUGGUCCACAGCGUCUAUCCAAGCACAUGGAACAGCCACUCGACAACGGGCUGUGCUGGAUCUGUCUUGCUGCGAGAUAUACCUCCAUGUUCGACGAAAUCUACUGGACCUUCAUCGACGAG